GUAGGUGCUUGUUUUUGGGUCAUAUAACCCUUUGCUAUUUAUUUGGAUUGGUGUGCUAGGGAACACCAAGUUUUCCUUUCUUUUGGAGCAGAAAAAAUGUACGCUCCUGCAUGUGUGAUGUCAAUAUAUAUUGCAGCAGAAGCCCUACCUCCCCAACCCACGCCAGCACUCCCACCCCAACCGCAAGCCCCACAACCGGCUCCUCAUCAACCAAGGCAACGGAGGCGUGCUAGGCCACCAAUUUUCCGAACCCGUGUCCUACUUUUUGGGAUGCCAGAUGAUGUGGUGGUGCGUAGAUACCGGCUGCCACCACAUCUAAUCCUAGACACUCUCUCCAUAAUAGAGAGUGAUCUGGAGUCUGAAAUUCGGUAUCCUACAGCAAUACCACCAUUGACACAAUUCCUUGCAGUGUUAAAUUUUUUGGCUACAGCCUCAUAUCAGCAUGUUGUGGGAGACCUGGUUGGCAUGUCGCAGGGCCAGUUCAGUAAGGUCCUGCGGCGUGUCUGCCAGGCUUUCCUAAAGCGGGUGAAGCAGUUCAUUGAUAUGCCUUUGGAUGUUGGUGCCCUAGAUGUGGUGAAGCGGCAAUUUGCGGAAGGUGGUAGUCGCUUCCCACAUGUUAUUGGGGUUGUGGAUGGCACACAUGUUGCUAUUCAGCCACCAAGACAUAAUGAAGAAAUUUUUAGAAACAGGAAACUGUUUCAUUCUCUGAAUGUAAUGGUUGUUUGUGGGCCAUCCCUCCAGAUCCUUUCCCUGAAUGCAAAGUUUACUGGAAGUUCCCAUGAUGCAUAUGUCAUUAGACAAUCAGGGAUAUGGCAGAGAUUAAGAUCAAGUCAACGAGCAGACAUGUGGUUAUUGGGAGACCGUGGAUAUCCUUGCACCCCCUGGCUCAUGACUCCUUACCGUAAUCCCAGGCCAGGACCACAGAUGGCAUUUAACUCCGCGCUUACUGCCACUAGGCAGCUGGUGGAGCGCACAAUUGGUGUCCUUAAAGGGCGGUUUCGUGUGCUCCACCGCACUGGUGGCGACAUCAUGUAUUCGCCGGAGAUGGCAAGUAAAAUAGUGGUCCUGUGCGCAAUACUACAUAAUAUCGCGGUAAGGAGUAGUGUAGAGCUUCCUCAGGCAGAGGAAUUGCCUGAUGAGGAGCCAGGGGUUGGUCUACGCUUCGGUGGGGGGAGUGUGACACGGAGGGGGAGCCAAGUGAGGGCAAGAAUUGUUGCAGAAUAUUUCAGCUGAAUGAUCACACGAACUGUGGACAACAACAACGGCAAAACUCACCACCCCCUUCCCCUUCCCACUCCCCCUCACCUUCACACUCCCCCUCCCCUUCUCACUCCCCCUCCCCUUCUCACUCCCCCUCCCCUUCACAGUCCCCCUCAGCUUCCCAGUCCACCUCAUCUUCCCAGUCCACCUCAGCUUCCCAGGCCCCAUCAGCUUCCCUGGCCCACUCCACUUUCCAUUCCCCUUCUCACCACACCUCUCCAUCUCUUUCUGGGACCCCUUCUCCUCCUUCCCAUACCCCUUCUCCUUCUAAUUCUACAUCCCAAUCUGAACCCCCCACACCCUCUAUUGCCUUAACUUUCUCUCCGCCCCCCUCGCCCUCUCAAUCAGACCCCCCCUCUGAAAUUGGCAACCAAAUCCAGCCUCCUUCCCCCAUCCAGCCUCCUGCCCCAAUCCCUCCUCCUUCCCCAAUCCCUCCUCCUUCCCCAAUCCCUCCUCCUUCCCCCAUCCAGCCACCUUCCCCCAUCCAGCCAACAUCCCCACCCAGUGAAUGGGCAGAGGAAGCCCCUGCAGACCGGUCCGGGAGUCUUGAGGUUGCCGUGGAAAGUAAGUUUUGU